GGGGAUGGAGGGCUGACAGGAGGCAUGGGGAGAGCUCUGGACUCGGGGAUGUCGGCUGGGGGGCCCCCGGGCUCAUUGUCGCUGCUCCUUGUGCUGUUGCUGCUGCUGAGCUGCGGGGGGAAAUCCCUGGGCAAAUCUCUGCUGGAGGUGUCGGUGCCUCAGGAAGUCCAAAUUAAAGUGCAAGUCUAUGAGAGCACGGACCUGUCGCCUUUGGCCUCAGCAGCCGUGGAAAUAUUCGGCAAUCAGAGCGCUCUGGCUUCGGGGGUCAGCGACCCAGAUGGAACGGCCGUAUUGGGCAUCAGCUACAGACUGGGAACCUGGGUCCUUGUUACGGCCACCAAGAGAGGCUUCAUCACCAACUCUGUUCCCUGGCGCGUGGACAGACUCCCACUUUAUGCCUCGGUCAGUCUCUACCUGUUACCUGAGCGACCCGCCACUCUCAUUUUAUAUGAAGAUAUUGUGCAGAUCUUGCUGGGCUCCCCAGGUGUGCGCAGUCAGCCCUCGGUCCAGUUCCAGAGAAAAUCCGCCCGCCUGCCCCGAUCCUCCACCUACAACCAGCUGACCUCUUCCCUCACAACCGCCAGCAACCUGCACCACAUGAGAGGAUUCCCAGCAUUCAUUGGGACAGAGCUGGAGAGCACCAAUGGAGGUAACACAAGUUGGGUGGAGCUUCUCCCGGUGGCGGCUGUCAGCAUCCAUCUGUUCAGCGGCAACGGAUCUGAAGUUCAUGUCUCCGGUCCCGUCCAGUUGUCUCUCCCUGUCCCCCCCGAGUCUGGGUUGACUACGUCGAGCAGUGUCCCUGCCUGGAGAUACGAGCCGAAAGCCGGUCUGUGGAUCCGGAGCGGGAUGGGUUUGGUGAGAAGAGACGGCCAGCAACUUUACUGGUCCUUUGUGUCCCCCAAACUCGGAUACUGGGCAGCGGCAAUUCCCUCUUCAGGGCGAGGUCUGCUGUCCCUAAUGAGCGGCAUGGACAUUGCUGGGUAUCACACAAUCUUCCUGCUCUCUAUUCUGGGAGCUUUGGCUCUGCUGGUGCUCAUCCUGCUCUGCCUCCUCAUCUAUUACUGCAGGCGACGAUGUUUGAAACCGAGGCAACAGCACCACAAACUCCAACUUUUGGGUCUGUCAGAACCCAAACGUGACCAGGCGACCUCCACUUCCCACAUUAACCUCAUCAGCACCAGCCACUUGGAUUCCUCUUCCACGACCGACAGCGACCUGCGUACUCCGGUACUGAGAUCCGCCUACUCGUCCCGAGAGGACUUUUGCAAAUCCGGAGGUCGCUCUUCCCUCCAACAUUCGGCCGACACGCUUCCUCUGAGGCCCGGCUCUAGGGAGGAAUAUCCGCUAAAGUCUGCCCGAUCCGGCGACUUGUUGGAGUCAGAAGAUUUCAAAAGAGGCUACGGUUCGAGCGGCAAGGGGCAGCAGAGGAGAAGAGGUGGCAGAGGAGGGGUUCGAGAUCCUCCGCCGUCGCCUCCACCGCUCCCUCCUCCCUUCAAACACGUCAUAGGGGAUUCCAAGCCUCCGGAUUAUCUGAUGACUCAGUCGGCAGAUCCCCUUUCGCGCCCUACCUCCCUUACGCAGCCCGGGCAGCUUAUAUUUUGCGGAUCCAUCGACCAUAUGAAGGAGGGAGGCUAUCGGCACGCCAUGCCAACGUUAGUGAUCCCGACUCAUUACGUCAGGUUGUCUUCUGACGAGAAUCAAGGCGGGCAAGGAGACGAACAGUCGGAGAGCGAGUGCGGUUUUGCUCCGGUUUCUCACGCCCACCACUUUGCGCCUCAAGACCAUGCCCAGCGCCAACAGCUGCUUCAACAAAGCCACGGUUAUCAGCAGGGGGCACCCGCUUCGUCACAAGAUCAAGAGAGUAAAGGCUGGGGAAAUCAUUCCUCGCAGAUGAGCGGCUCCGUAACCAUUCCGGUGGUCUUCAACGAGUCCACCAUGGCUCAGCUGAACGGAGAGCUUCAAGCUUUAACGGAAAAGAAACUCUUGGAAUUAGGAGUGAAGUCUCACCCGAGGGCUUGGUUUGUGUCUCUGGACGAGCGUUCCAACUCCCACGUGCGUCACUCGUACAUCGACUUGCAGGCCGGAGACAAAAGCCGCAGCAAUGACGCCAGUCUGGACUCUGGAGUGGACGUCAACGAGAUGAAAGGGAAGCCGGGCUCAGAGGAAAGAAGUGGAAAGUCGCAGCUUCAAACCUCGUCUCUAACAUAUUCCAAGUUGGUGUUUGCGGAAGAAGGCGAGCAGAGCCUUAGUGAAAGUCGCACUGGGGGUGGCUGUUCCCCCGAAGACAGUUCUCUCACUCCACUUCUGGAUGAAGGCUCAGAGACCUGCCCUCCCACCAGCAGGAGGGGGCGAAGUCGGGGCGACAGUUCCAGGAGCAGCACCAGUGAGUUACGAAGGGAUUCGAUGACCAGUCCGGACGAGGACCUCAACGACCAGUCGGAAGGCGGAGAUGAUUCAGAUAAGAAGAGUCCCUGGCAGAAACGAGAAGAGAGGCCACUGAUGGUAUUUAAUGUGAAAUAAGAUUGUGUAUAGUAAAGAGGGUGUCCAAGGACUUGUGUGUAAUAGAAGGGGGUUGUCCCCUGUAACUGAAGGCUGUGCUCAGUGUCCUUAACUAAGUCUUCUUGGUGGGAUACAGUGAGUAACCCCAGCACUGGACACUUUGUUUCUACCAUUCAGGGGCUGGAUUAUGUUAAUAUCAACGCAACCAGAUUUACAUGAACUAUGAAGGUCAACCCUGUGUUGUAGGAGGACCACGUGAUGCAUCUGUUAUUCCUUCAGAUGGGACCCUCAGUUGGCCGGAGCCUGUUAUAGGGACAGAACUCAAUCCAGGCGAUAAUGUUGUCUCUGUAUUGCAGUGAAUGAUAAAGGUUCUCUCACAGUAAUUCUCAUGUGA